AUGGCACCUCAGAUCUAUAACUUCACGCCGUGGCAGUCGCUGGUGGGCGGCGUGAUCAUCGGCAUCGCCGCGUCGCUGCACCUCCUCACCACGGGCCGCAUCAUGGGCGCGUCGGGCGUCGUCAACGAGUCAAGCGUCGCGUCGCUGCACCUCCUCACCACGGGCCGCAUCAUGGGCGCGUGGGGCGUCGUUCAUGGCAUCGUGAACGAGUCCCCGCAUUUCCUCACCACCGGCCGUGCCAUGGCCGCGUCGGGAGUCGUCAACGGCGUCAUCACCGGUGUGCCGGAUUGGGCUUGGCGCGCAGUGUUCCUCGCGUCGAUGACAGCCGUCGGAUCGUUCACGAUGCUCAUCAACAGCGGGCACGCGUUCGGGUCCAAUCCCCCGUCCGUGGGCGACGAUCCGGGCCUCGCGCUCAUUCUGCCCAUCGCCGCGGGGCUACUUUGCGGCUUCGGAUCGCAGUUAGGCAGCGGGUGCACGUCCGGCCACGGCGUGUGCGGCUUGCUGCGCUUCUCCCCGCGCAGCUGCCCACCUCCCUCCUCUCCCUCCCCUUUCCCCCCCUCCUCUUACCCCUCUCUCCCCAACCUCAAUCAGUUGGGCAGCGGGUGCACGUCCGGCCAUGGCGUGUGCGGCUUGCCGCGCUUCUCACUGCGCAGCGCCGUUGGAGUGGCCACCUUCAUGGCUACAGGCGCCGCUACAUCCAUGACCCUCGGGGCUAUCGCCACCGGCGCUACAGCCGCGAACCGCCCCCCCGGCGAGCCCAUCCCAGCCACCAACACGUGGCUGCUCGUGCUGGCGGUUUGUGCUACAGCCGUGGGAGCUAUUAUCGCGUACAGAUGCCCGUACUGUAACGAGUUUCUUGAUGGCGGAGCUGCUAGUGGUGCUAAUGGUGGGGCUGCUGGUGGGGCUGCUGGGGAGUCGGCAUCGCUUGCUAAACCGGCCUGCUCUAUUGGGGCGUGCUCCCUCUCCCCCUCUGCGCCCUCCGCCUCCUGCUGUUCUGCGCUGCUCCAUCCCGUCAACGUGCUCCGAGCGUCACUUGUAACGGGAGCCAUUUUCGGCAUCGGUCUCGCUCUUAGUGGCAUGUGCAACCCCUACAAGGUAAAGGACUUUUUGGACCCAGUGCACGGGUGGGACCCCAGUCUGGCCUUUGUAACGACUCUGACUCUCCCCAUCCCCCCUCAUUCUCCGUACAGGUGCAACCCCUACAAGGUAAAGGACUUUUUGGACCCAGUGCACGGGUGGGACCCCAGUCUCGCUUUUGUGAUGGGCGGCGCCGUGGUUGUCAACGUCGUCACCUUCCGCUUCAUCCUCGCCCGCCCCAACCCGCUCUUUGACACCAAGUUCUACGUGCCCUCGCGGAAUGACAUCACCUGGGAGCUGGUGGUUGGGUCGGCAAUCUUUGGCAUCGGUGAGUGA